AUGAUCCAAGGCUCCCGUUCCGCAAACACCAGGAAAGAUAUUCUGCUCAACAUCUCCCUCUUACUUUUAGCUACAAAUUUAGAGAAAAGUUUCCAGUUAGUGCUUAGUGACUGUGGAUCAGAAUACAGACGUCCAGAGUACACAGACAUCUCUGUAGAAUGUGGAACGGAGUACAUAAAUGUUGCUAUCAAAUUCUGUCCUGUCAUGUACACUGGCUACAACGAAUCAGAGUUAAUCCUCAACAAUGUCAAGAAUAACCCAGACUGCAGGGCGACCCUCGAUACCUCUGUCUUACCUCCCAUGGCCCGAUUCCGGUUCCCAAUCAACUCAACCAAUGCCUGUGGCAGCAACUUUGUUACAAUAAGGAGUAUAGGCACAGGAGUAUUCUCUGACUUCUCCAACAUCGAGAUGGUCAACAUCAGUGGAACUGUACAAUCAAAUGUCAUCACAACAGGCACUGUGACGUAUAACGCUGAGCUGAAGUACUACUACUCGUGUGCCUAUCCUCUGGAGUACCUGAUCAACAACACUCGGCUGGAUGUGUCGUCCUCCUCGAUUGCAGUAAAAGACAACAAUGGCAGUUUCAUCAGCACGUUGCGUCUCAAACUCUUCAAAGACAUAAACUUUACAGAGCCUCUCAUCAUGCCUUCCCUCGGUAUUGAGCUGAGGACAAAUGUGUUUGUGCAAGUGGAGGCCACCAACUUGACCUCCCAAUACUUUGUGCUGCUGGACAGAUGCUACGCUUCCAUUUCCACUACACCCACCACCUCAAACUUCUUCAACCUCUUUGUGCCAUGCAGCAGUGAUCAGUUCACUAAAAUGCUGGUCAAUGGGGAGAUGCAGAUUGCUCGGUUCUCGUUUCCGGCCUUCCGCUUUACAGAGCAGCAAAACCAAACAGUAUCAACAUACUAUCUGCACUGCAUCACAAGACUGUGUGAAAUAUCAACCUGCAGUACUUUCAAGAAAUGUGGCAACCGAAAAAGGAGAGACGUCGUGCCUUUGACCACCACUCCUUCUCCAAAUGGAGUCACAGAAACCACCACCGUCACAUCACCAGCCAUCCUCAUACGCUCAGAAAACGUGGUGGCAACAAAAGAGGAAGAUGUCACAAUCAGCACAAAAAAACCUUCAGACAUCUCUGUGGGUCUCGGCGUGGCUGUGGGCAUCCUGGCAUUCGCCUGCAUCAUGACUGUAGCAAUGGGAGCAGUUUUCUACAAGAGAAACUUGCGCAACGCACCUUCAAAAAUGCUCCGGUGAGCUGAGACACCCUGAUACUGCUCCAAGAGAGGACAGCCGGUCCCCGCCGGGAUGAUCUCUCGCCGCUUGAGGGCUGAGCAGGGCUCAGCGUAGAACUGUUUUGGACAUCUUGAUCUUUCCUAUAGUGCUUCUUGGUGAAUAAUCGUAGCAUAAUGUGGUUUAGAAGAGCAACA